AUGUGCUUCCUCUUUGGCGCAACGGGCGUUGGUGUAACGGUGACGGGGGAAGCCCUCAUUGGUGGCGUCAGUGAUGAUCCCUACCUCUUCAGAACCUUUGUUCGAGCAGUUCGGGCCUGGGGCGGCAUGGGCCACAUCGGCACGGAGCUCCGUUACGUGGACUCGAACGAGGCCGCGGGCGAUCGUCCUCCGCCUUUCGAGGUCGAGCCAGGACAGCCGACGAGGGGUGUCAACUCUGCCGGCUUGUCUUUCACCGCUGCUCUGGCAGUAGAGCGUGACGUCGACAGCACGGACAAACUCACGGUGCCCCAGACGUUUGCAGACCUCAGUCGGCAGAUGAUGAACUCCUGCCAGGACGUGGAACAAGCACUUGUUCUGCUACUGGCAGCAGGAGCAGUGACGCCCUCUUUCUCUGUGCUUUUGGCGGAUGCUCAACAGAACCUAGCACAAGUGGAGGUGGGCCCGUUUGGUGUCGCCGUGCUUCAGCGCUAUUCGCGCGACAACCCUGGAAUCGUUGUUGCGGUGAACUGCCACCAGUGUCCGGAAUUGGUGGAGUUCAAUUUGCCCGAGGCCCAGUUGAGCUACAAGGGCAACAACAACGGCCUGCGUUGGCGCCGCGGGUGGCAGCUGGCCUCCAAGUAUCGAGGAAGCAUUGAUGUGGACGUCAUGGCCGCGAUCCUGUGCGAUCACUCUAACAUUGAGGAGGACUGCAGCACAAACCCUGUGAUCCCUUGGUGGGGUCAUAGCAUCUGCAACCAUGGAAGCUGCGGUGCCGAGAAGUAUGACAGCUGCAAUCCUUGUUGGGGCACGGUCAGUGCGGAGAUCAUGCAGCCCUCCGCCCGGUUGCUACACUAUGCAUACGGCUGGCCAUGUGGUCACCAACCCACCUCCACAGAUCAGCUCUACCAAGCGGGCUCCUGGGGUCACUUCAAAGCCUUCCGUGUGCCGGAGGCUUUUCAGUGCAAGGAAGACGAAGUGGUGCAGUGCACGACCGUGGAGGGUUCUGUCACUGAAGUGGGGUACAGUUUCAUCAUGUAA